GGAACGUAAACAUGCCUAAGUUGGUAAUGUUCUUCAGCUGAAAGCAGCAGCGUCUGUCAAACGGAAUGCUUCAUGUAUGCUAGCAAGAGGUGGCUAGAAGGAGUAGCUAGAGAAAACGAUCGGUAGUUCGCAGUUCGUUUUGAGCAGUUUGGUUUGUCGUCAGGAGCGAGCAGAGCAGAAGACAGUGGUCGGUGAACGUUGAUUGCGAACAUUGUGACUAAUUGCCAUUGUGGAUAAGAGUUCUUGGGACUGGACCGCGGUCGACUUGUAUUGGAUAACAUCGUUCGCGGGGGGUGGGAGAAAGAAGCAACAUCAAACAGUGACACGAUCGCAACGGCCGCACCUAUCUCUGUUGUGAUUGUAGUAGACUAGGAUAGUGCUCGCAUUACUACCAUAAUAUUAUGGAUAACUAGGAUCUCGUCGUCAAUUAUCUGUUCGAAAUCAUGUUGGCGCGCACUCUAGUUAGUUUUCUCGUGGUCGGGGCACUCAUAGAUGCCAGAGAAAUUCCAUCGCCACCGCGAAUAAUCAAACAGCCACCUACAGACGAAGUCCUCUUUCAGGUGGGCAUCAACGAAAACGACAAGCCCUUCUAUAUAGAAUGCGAGGCGGUCGGCGAGCCGGCACCAAAAUACAGAUGGGUUAAGAACGGUAAGACCUUCGAUUGGCAAGCUUACGACGACCGGAUCUCGCAGCAGCCCGGAAGGGGAACCUUAUCCAUAGCGAAACCUCAGGAUGAAGAUCUUGGCCAGUAUCAAUGCUUUGCCGAAAAUGAGUACGGUGUUGCUACCUCGAACUCGGUGUUCAUGCGGAAGGCCGAGUUGAACCCGUUUAAGAACUCUUUGCCAUUGCCCGUUGUCGGCUAUGAGGGUGAUCCAUUUAAACUUACAUGUCAACCUCCGGACGGCUGGCCCAAACCUAAGGUCUACUGGGUAAUACAGUUCACGUCGGAUGGAUUUAAGACUAUCAACAAUUCCCGCAUGACCCUUGAUCCCGAGGGCAACCUGUGGUUCUCGAAUCUCACCAGAGAAGACGCCAGCGAUGACUUCAUCUAUGCGUGUGCCGCAGCCUCCUCUACUAAACUCGAAUACAAAUUGGGCAAUAGGGUCAUAUUGAACGUGCAACCAUCUGGAUCUGGUUCCUCUCUAAACAAACACGAACCGGUUUACCAAUACGCAACUCGCAAAAACGAGGUGGCUUACAGAGGAAAAGUGGUCGAACUAUUCUGUAUAUAUGGUGGGACGCCUCUACCUCAAACGGUCUGGAAGAAGGAUGGUAAACAGAUACUUUACUCGGAGAGGGUGACGCAGAAUAAUUACGGGAAAUCGCUGAUAAUAAAAUUGGUCGACUUCGAAGACGAGGGUCAAUAUACUUGUGAUGUGAGCAACGGCGUGGGUGUGGCACAGUCAUACAGCAUAAACUUGAAAGUGUAUGCAGUUCCAUUCUUCACCGAGGAACCGGAAAUUAUAAACGCUGCCGAAGAUGAGACAGUGCAAUUCCGCUGUUCUGCGUCUGGUGUCCCAGAGCCGCAGAUCAAAUGGAUUCAUAACGGUAAGCCGAUAUCUGAAGCCUCGCCCAAUCCAAGGCGUAAGGUGAAUACGAACAACAUCAUUAUCGAGCGGUUAACCAAAACCGACACUGGCAAUUACGGCUGCAACGCCACCAAUUCUUUGGGUUAUGUUUACAAAGAUGUCUACGUGAAUGUUCUCGCAUUGGCACCAGAAAUUACUGAAGCUCCCAGAGAUCAAGAUGCUGUUGACGGAAAGACCAUCAACAUGACCUGCAAAGUGUUCGGUGCGCCGAAACCGGAAGUCAAGUGGGUUCAUAACGGAAAAGAGUUGACCGGCGGCAGAUACAAGGUCUUGGAGAAUGGCGACUUGAAUAUAGAAAGUGUACAAUUCGAUGACAACGGCCAGUAUACCUGUUACGCAGAAAAUAAGUUUGGUAGAGCCAAUGCAUCUGCCAUGUUCACAGUCAGAGCUCACACUUACAUCUCUGAUGGCCCAGAGGACUAUGAAGUAGCAGCAGGAACACAAGCCACAUUCAGAUGUAACGCCGUCCAGGAUCCGUCAUUGCCAUUGGAGAUCAUUUGGUUGAACAACGGCCAAGAGAUUGAUUUUGGUGCUGAGCCCAGAUUUGUGAAAACAUCUGAUUACUCAUUGACAAUUACAAAAACCAUUGAAUUAGAUUCGGCAACCUACACUUGUAUUGCUAGAACUCCUUUGGAUGAGACCCAGGCGCAAGCGACUUUGACUGUUCAAGAUGUACCGAAUGCACCUACAAUGAAAAACAGUAUCAUCUGCAAAAAGAAGGAUGCGACCAUACAGUGGAUGCCCAUGGGAGAUAACAGGGCGCCGAUUUUACAUUACACGCUCCAAUAUAAUACUUCCUUCACCCCAGAUACUUGGGUGAACGCUUAUGAUUUCAUUCCGGCCGCAGAUACCACUUAUAAUGUUCCUAUGAGCCCUUGGGCAAAUUACACGUUCAGGGUGAUUGCGUGGAAUAAGAUUGGUUCAUCAAAUCCUUCUGCUCAUUCUGAGGUCUGCACCACGCAACAAGAAGUUCCUCAUAAAAAUCCAGAUAGAGUAGAAGGCGAGGGUAACAAACCAGAUAAUCUGGUUAUUAGAUGGACCGCUAUGCCAGAAAUCGAACACAAUGCUCCUAAAUUCCAAUACAAGGUGUUCUGGAGAAGAGACAUCCCUGGCACCGAUUACGUUGUUAAUGAUAUUUUGGAUUGGAGGCAGGAUAAGCUUGUGAUCAAUGAGCAACCAUCGUUCCAACGGUACAAGAUUAAGGUGGUGGCAAUGAACGAACUCGGUGAGGCCGAUGUUUCGCCGGAAGAAGUUAUUGGUUACUCUGGUGAAAAUGAGCCGACCCAAGCUCCGCAGAACUUCACUCUUCUCCAAAUCCAAUCACCGACAACAGCCUUGCUUAGCUGGAACCCAGUUCCAUUGGAAUCUGUACAAGGACAUUUUAUAGGUUACAAAAUUAAAACAUGGACUGAAAAUAAAUUAGGACACAAGGAGAUUCAAGUACAGGGAGAGGCCACCAAAGCAUUGGUUACAAACUUUGUACCUUUUAGUAAAAACUAUGCUCAAGUCUAUGUGCACAACGGAAAAUACCAUGGACCACCAAGUGAAACGCUUAGCUUCGAUACACCAGAAGGAGUUCCCGGGCAGAUGUCAUCCCUAGAAGCAUACCAGAUGGGUUCUUCUGCCUUCUUACUGUCUUGGAAAAAGCCAGAUCAACCCAAUGGAAUUCUGACGGGAUACAAGAUUUAUUACGCCGUUGUAAAUGGUACCGCAGUGGGUAAUGAAAUAGCUAGGACCCCGCAAAUCAACAAUCCUAACCAGCUGAGGGCGAAACUGUCCGGCUUACAACCAAAUGUCAAAUACAGGCUGUACAUUAGUGCUACUACAUCGGCCGGAGAAUCAAAGAAGUAUUUCAUUGAACGUGUUACACGUGGCGUUAAUGCUGUACGGCCGGCUAUUCCGAACUUCACCUGGGCUGGACAACCAGUAAAAGGCAACUUAGCAUCUAUUCGGGUCAACUGGAUCCCAGAUUUGGAACGUCCCGGUUCUCACUUUUUCGUGAAGUACUGCAAGAAGGGUGAGACCAACUGCGAGAGCACUGCACCAGAGAUGAACGAGGAUUACCUGACUGUCGCCGGACUGCAGCCAGGCGAACUAUAUGAAUUCACAGUUGUUGCUGUGGAUGGAAACUACGUAGCCGAGAGUCAAGCUCAAGAUGUGGACACCUACGGUGUAGAAGGCCCGAUUAUCCAACCCAGAGAGAACGUGGCUACAGCUGGCUGGUUUAUUGGCAUGAUGGUGGCAAUAGCAUUCCUACUAUUCGUACUUAUCAUUGUGUGCAUUGUAAAGCGAAACCGAGGCGGCAAGUAUGCCGUGCACGAACGAGAACAAGCGAACGGACGACAGGAUUAUCCCGACGACGGAGGAUUCCACGAGUAUUCCCAACCUCUGGAUGGCAAGUCAACAGCCAGUGAACCGAAACAAGGACCAGAAAGUGACACGGAUUCAAUGGCUGAGUACGGCGAAGGCGACACAGGACGAUUCACAGAGGACGGUUCAUUUAUUGGACAGUACGUGCCUACUAAUAUGAGGCAGGCACCACCAAAUGUUGCCACAUACGUUUAAGAAUCUCAAAAUUAACUCUCUACUUCUAACUUAAUAAGCUUUCCUGAGCCUUUUUUCUUCUCCCUUCGGCCCCCGCCUUCUCUACAUUUGUAGUUUUCACCUUCCAGACUUAUUUUUGUAUUUGUUUUUUUUAUACAUUUAUUAUUUUUAUUUUUUUAUUUUAUCCAUUUACUACGUUGGAUAUGAAUUCGUCCAUUUUUUUAGGUUUAAUUC